UUUAUUAAAUUAAAAAUUCCACCCAAAUAAAAUACCUAAAUCACUGGGUUUUCGCCAUUAGACUUUAGAGAAAUGUGAUACAAGUUUAAUCACAACAAGCAACUAUUUAUACCAGUGUUUUCUGGACUUCCGUCUUCAUUUAUCAAAACUGGGUCGACUAUUAAUUGUGCUAUUAAAAAAUUCUUAUUUUCUAUAAUAAAUAAUGAUGCUGAAUGAUGCUUAGUAAUAUUAUUUGCAGGAUUUUUUCUAAUAUGAGCUAGGAUUAGCUAUGUAUAUAUAGUAAAUACAAAGAACUAGGAAUCCUAACCUAUCCUGUCCGUCUGGUACACUUUAUCAUUGCUGUUCUUAAGCUUGCCGUUGGAGGACUGUUUUAAGUGUUUCUUCACAAUGGAAACGUCUCAUAUUAAUGAUUUUGCACUAUCUUUCGAAAAAAAACGAUUAAGUUACUGCGGUCAAGAUUGUCAAAAAAUACCAUCAGCGUUAUGGAAAAUGUAUGGCUCUAAAGUUACGUAUCUAGAUUUGAGUUACAACAGCAUCGAGACGCUGAAAGGAUUGGAGAAUUUCACAGAAUUGGAGGAGUUGAUACUGGACAAUAAUAAAAUAGGCGAUUCUGUUUGUUUUCCGCUGAUGCCGCGGUUGAGAACAUUGUCUAUUAACAACAACCAGAUAACAGAUUUAGAUGGAUUGAUCAACAAAAUAAGCGUGAAGUUCCCAUCGCUCACAUACUUAAGCCUUCUCAGCAACAAAGCUUGUCCAAAUCAAUUAUCCGAUCUCGACAAAGAUGACAACGACUAUCAAAGAUACAGACACUUUGUUCUGUACAAAGUGCGAAAUCUGUGUUUCCUGGACUCCCGGCGAGUGUCGUCAGCGGAGCGGCGGCAGGCGGCGACGCGCGGCGAGUUCAUGCGCGUGCGCAGACCCGCUGCCGCCGGCCCGGCUCCGCCGCCGCCCUCCGGCCCGUUGGCGAGACCCUUACCUGUCGACUUCAACUCGCUGGGAAAACAUAAAGGCGCAUACGGCAAAUGUAUCUACAAAUACACGGGAAAACACUCUGAGGGCAACAGAUUUAUUCUCAACAGCGAUUUAUGAUAUCUACUACAAUUUUUUUUAUAAAGUGUGCCAUACAUACUUAGAAAUGUUCAGCUCAUAUUAGCGUAAGUCGAUAAGAUUUCUCUAAUAAUAUAUUGUUUGUGCAAAACCUGCAUUACAUUUUAAAACCCGACUUACUGCCAUCUUGAUUAGUGCCACUGCAGUAAUAUCGAUUUGUUUAGUAUAAUAUACUAAUUAAAACAAUUAUUAUGUUAAUUGUAAUUUGUAGAUUUGCUUUAGUUUAAGUUGUGGUAGGCUAGGUAGCUGUAUUUGAUAGUACUAAUUGAUAUGACAAUAUAUUCCAAGUUUUGUACUAAUAUCACUGUUUGUUGUCCAUUGUUAUCAGUAUAAGGAUAGAUUUAAGAAAUAUAUUAUCUGUUGCCAGAAUAAUAAACGAAUACAGUCAUAAA